CCUGUCGGCUGGGUUUGUGCGCUGGGGCGCCGGAGCCCCUCCGCAGCCGGGACGCGCGGAACUCGAGGCUGGAGUCGGCUCUCCCGAGCCUCCUCCCUCCCUUCUCCUUCCCUGCCCCCUUCCCCCACCCCCCGACUAGGGCUCGGAGCGGCGGCCAGAGGAACCCCGAGCCCAGGCCCCUGAGCGGGAGGGAUGGAGAACUCCUCAGCAGCAUCGGCCUCCUCCGAGGCCGGGAGCAGCCGCUCCCAGGAGAUCGAGGAGCUUGAGCGGUUCAUCGACAGCUACGUGCUUGAGUACCAGGUGCAGGGGCUGCUGGCCGACAAGACGGAGGGGGACGGCGAGAGUGAGAAGACGCAGUCCCACAUCUCCCAGUGGACGGCAGACUGCAGUGAGCAGCUGGGCUGCAGCUACUCCUUCUCCCGAGGGCGAGCCCCCCUGCAGCAGAAUGGCAGCAAAGACACCUCUCUGGACAUGCUGGGCACAGAUAUCUGGGCUGCCAACACCUUUGAUUCCUUCAGUGGUGCCACCUGGGACCUGCAGCCUGAAAAGCUGGACUUCACCCAGUUCCACCGGAAGCUCCGACACACGCCCAAGCAGCCCCUGCCACACAUCGACCGUGAAGGGUGUGGAAAAGCGAAGCUGGAAGAUGGGGAUGGAAUCAACCUGAAUGACAUCGAGAAGGUCCUCCCGGCCUGGCAGGGCUACCACCCGAUGCCCCAUGAGGUGGAGAUUGCGCACACGAAGAAGUUGUUCCGGAGGAGGAGAAAUGACCGAAGGCGGCAGCAGAGACCCCCAGGAGGGAACAAGCCUCAACAGCACGGUGACCACCCACCGGGCAGUGCCAAACACAACAGGGACCACCAGAAAUCCUACCAGGGGGGCUCAGUGCCCCACCCCUCAGGGAGGUCCACCCAUCAUGGCUACAGCCAGAACCGGCGCUGGCACCACAGCAACAUGAAGCAUCCACCAGGCGACAAGGGGGAGGCAGGCGCCCACCGCAAUGCCAAAGAGACCGUGACCAUGGAGAGCCCCAAACUCGAGGACGCCCUGGGGGAUGCCGGGCACAGCGGCCUCGAGCCCCCCUGCAUCCCUGAUGCCCUGGCCCCGGUGGCUUCCGAGAGGCUGCCCCUGCUGCAGCCAGGGGGUCCAGAGGCUGAGACAAAGCGUAAAGACAGUAUUAUUCCCGAGCGCAGCGGGGAGCGGCCCAAAAUUACCCUGCUCCAGUCUUCCAAAGACAGGCUGCGGCGAAGGCUGAAAGAAAAGGUACCGGAUGAAGUGGCCGUGGAGACCACCAACCCUCAGCAGAACAAGAUGGACAAGUUGAUUGAGAUCCUGAACAGCAUGAGGAACAACAGCAGCGACGUGGAUGCCAAGCUCACCACCUUCAUGGAGGAGGCCCAGAACUCGACCAACUCCGAGGAGAUGCUGGGAGAGAUCGUGCGCACCAUCUACCAGAAGGCCGUGUCCGACCGCAGCUUUGCUUUCACGGCCGCCAAGCUCUGCGACAAGAUGGCGCUCUUCAUGGUGGAGGGGACCAAGUUCCGGAGCCUCCUCCUCAACAUGCUUCAGAAGGACUUCACAGUGCGGGAGGAGCUGCAGCAGCAGGACGUGGAGCGCUGGCUGGGCUUCAUCACCUUCCUGUGCGAGGUCUUCGGCACCAUGCGCAGCAGCACGGGCGAGCCCUUCCGCGUGCUCGUCUGCCCCAUCUACACCUGUCUCAGGGAGCUCUUGCAAUCUCAGGAUGUGAAGGAAGAUGCUGUCCUGUGCUGCUCAAUGGAGCUGCAGAGCACAGGCCGACUGCUGGAGGAGCAGCUGCCCGAGAUGAUGGCGGAGCUCCUGGCCAGCGCCCGCGACAAGAUGCUGUGCCCCUCGGAGUCAAUGCUGACCCGGUCCCUGCUGCUGGAGGUCAUCGAGCUCCACGCCAACAGCUGGAACCCUCUGACGCCCCCCAUCACGCAGUACUACAACAGAACCAUCCAGAAACUGACAGCCUGACAGCCAGGGGGCCUGGCGGGUGGCCCGAGGGCAGCUGGGGCCCUGGUGCACAGAGCCAGAUGGACAGGCGGGAGGACAGGGGUGGCCCUGCCGGCAGAAAGAAAUGGGGAGGAAGGCAAGCAGAGCCGGUGGCCAGUAUGGAGCCAGACGGGGAAGGGACCAAAGCCCUAGGAGGAGCGCCCCCCUACCCGAGCCCCCCAGCCCGAGCAUGCGGCAGCUCACACCAGUAAGGGAAGCAUGUUUCUUCCUCACGGUGGCCCGGCCCUCCCCCUCCUCACUCCCACUCCUCCCCACCUCCUCCCAUGCAACAUGUCCCCGGCAGGGCUGUGUGCAAGGGGUUCAUCUCUGCGACUCCUUAGAGGCCUUGGCAGCCCGCACGCAGGGUACAGCUUGGGUCAGAAAGGACCUCAGAAGGCUGAAAAAGUGGGUCGGGGACGGGCUUGCAUUGUUCCCGCAUGCUGUCAGCCGCAGUCGCCAACUGGCAGCAGGCGACGUGUAGCAGAUGUCCGGGAGGACAAAGGCAGGCACGGUCCCCACCAGCCGCCCGUAAUUGACGGCCUUUGUCCUUACGGCCGGGCUGGGGGACAGAGGCGGUCUCCUCUAACCUUCAUGCUCCACCCUCCCCACUUCCAGCCUCCUCCCUUCAGCCCCCAAGCUGCAGGCCCAGGGGGCCGGGGGCGGGCCCGGGGCCUGGAGGGGAGAUGGAGUUUUUCGUUCUACUUGCACUCUUUUGUUUCAUUGUGUUUUAUUUUUUCAAAAGUCAGCUGCUUUGAAGUCUCCUCUCUCAACGCAAAGGGCCCGCAAUGUGAUCACACAGUCAGCACCGCGAGGAUCCCCUGAUUAGAGGGAGAUCAAACCCGGCCCCCUCUGGAAGGAUUCUAGCCACAGACAGCUUGCCAGUAGCCAAUUAGGGUAAUUGGAAACUUCUGCCCCGACAGGGGAACCCGCUGGAACCCUGUGCCCCUCAGCCCCCAGCUUCCAGUACCUCCGUUCUCUCUUUUUCUAGCUUCCUCCCUCAAAGGGCUGAUACUGUCGCUGCUGGGAAAGCAUUAAACCCGUCCUGCCCCGGGGCCUUAUAGUGAACCGGGCUCAGAACCAGGCUGGCGAAUUAAAACCAAAAUGCCCAGUGAUGCUUGCCCGCUCCACACACAGGUCUUGUCCCAAGCUCUCACUGGAGGGAGAAUUGGGGGGCCCCGCAGGGCUCCCCAGGGCUAGCUAAAUGGGCUGUGUCCAUGCCCUAGCCGAUAGCCACAGUCUGUGCCCCGGGAGGGCUGUGGCACUGCAGCCCCAAGGCUGUCGGGAAAGGGGGAAUUCAUUGAGUCGUGGGGACCAUCAGGAGACCCAGCAAGCCACCAGCUUUCCAGGCUGGGAACAAGGCUGGGGGUUCUUGGAGGGGCCAAGUCCUGGGAGCAGCUCCUUCUCUGAUGGCUAGAAAGGAGGAUGCGUGUUGGGCCCUGGGAGGCUGGCUUCGGGUUGUCACUGGUGUCCGCACAGCCCAUCUCCUGGUCUGGAGCCCACGCGUUGAUGAGCCCCUGGAAAGCGACCUCAGAGCCCAGCAUCUUCCUCACUUGCCCCUUGGUUGAGGCCAGUCCUUCUCUGGGUCACCUUGGAGGCCCGCUGGUUGCCUGGUCCGGUCAGGCUGGAGGAAAUUCCCUUUGUUGAGUCUAGGAGAGCAGGCAGGUGGGGUGGGGAGCAGCUUCCUCCGUACUUCCUGGCUUUCCCCACCAGCUGCCACCUGCCUGCAGUCCCCAAAAAGAGCCUGUUGGGGACAAGGCAUGGGGGCACGGUUUACCUGGAGUGGGUCGGUCACCUCUGCCAAGGAGCCCACGCUGCCCCUGGCCUCUGCCUUCUCCCUCCCGGACCCUUCCUCUCAAGCUUCUCCUCACUGCCUUUCCUCCUCAGCCUACACCUCUGGCUCAGCCUGGGACCCAGGGACCCCAGAGGCCCCACAAGAGGCCUUGAGAGAAGAGCCGGGCUGAUGUUAGGAUGCUCAGAGAGGGCACCAGGGAAAUCAUGGUCCCGAGGAGUCGGCAGCCCAAGCCAGGCAAGCAGCCACGCCCUGGCAGCCCUGAGAGAGCCGCACCUGGGCUGAAAUGGGCCUUGCUUCCCUCGAGUGGGGGGGAGGUGUGUGUGUGUGCGUGUGUGUGCGUGCACGCGUGCGCGGGCAUACACGAGCACAUCUACUGAGAAUGAAGCAGGGCCCUGGAAGAAGAGAGAGGCCUGCGAGUGAGGUCGAAAGUCGAGGAGGCAGGGGAGGGGGUCUCCCACCCCUACCUUGGGCUCAGAGAGUGAGCUUUGUGAAGGGGCCCCAGAUACCACGGACUCAGGGGGCUGACGUCCCCUCGAAAGCCAAGCAAGUAGCAUCUUGGGCACUGUGAGCCUAAUGCCCUUCCUCUUAACAGCCUUCCUUGGUGGUCUUGCCUCACGGCCAACCCCUCCUUGACUGUUAGGACCAGAGCGGGAAGAAGCGAGGUAUAAAUAUGUAAACAUAUAUAAAUAUAUUUUUAAUUACGUGUCGUGUCACCGUGGCUCCAGACAUAUGGUUUGCCUAGUAUAUUCCAUUGCUUGAAAGCGCUUCCUGGCCGAUCCGAAUAACAAUUUAAGCUGUUCUUCUAAAUGUGGGUUGCUGCUACUUUUUCAGACAUGGAAGGAAAACAUUAAAAAAAAUUUUUUUUUUUAAGGAAAUAACAGUAAAGCCUAAAAUCUGAGACACUGAGGCAGCUUCCCACGGGAGACUACUCAGACAGGAACUGGGGGGCAGAGGCGGGCGCCCCCAGACCUCUGCCCCCUCCCCAAGCCAGAUCCCCCCUGCUGAGUGAGGGAGGCCAUAUCCAAGUUGACCUCUGAAUGUAUUUGAUGGGAGGCUAAACUGGAUAUUGCGUUUCUAACGCUUGCGUGGCUUUCCCUCCUCGCCUGUGGCUUCCUUGGCACAGAAGAGGCAAAGUCCAGCCAUCUGAUGCGGGUCCUGUCUCGGUCUCUCCCCCGACAGUCAAGACGAGGUAGUCAUUGUUUUCCUCUCAGGCAGCAGGCCUGCUCCUGCUCCCAUGGCCUUGUGGCUUUGCCUAAGCUCUGGGACCGCAGCCCCAAGAAGGCCCCCAGCCUCCCCUGGACAAGGCGGGACCCCACCAUCCUCCACGAGAGUGUGCACCCCCAAACCCACCUUCGUCUGCUCGUCCUUCCUUAACCAGUCUGUACACCUUUAAAGUUUGGGGAUCGUCCUGUCCAUCCAUGUAAAUGUAAAUGUUGGCCGAGUCGGUAUUUAUUCUAAUUUUUAUUUUAUUUUAUUUUCCCUGAGGGAUGGGGAGGGGGGUGUGGGAAACGUACCACUGAUCACGCCCUGGGCAGCUGCAGGGGCGGGGGCCCAGACAGCCAGGCCGCCGCAAGAGCAGCCCCAAGGGGCUGCCCAGACGCCAAGCCCCAGUCUCUUAUCUGGCAUCAGAAGCCGGCCAGUGUUCCUCGUCCAACAGACUGUCCGGCCUGCCCAUGGAGUCCUGUCCCUCAGCUGCCAGCACUCUGUUGGGAAACCUCAGGCUGGGCCUUUGAGGAUGCAGAUCAGAGAAAUGGCAACUUUCCUCUGCUCGGGACACUUGCACAGAAGGGCUGCCCGCUUCGCCCGAGCCAGCUGGGAGCCUGGUGACGGGUCCUACCUCCCCGGAGCAGGGGCCUGGGGCUUCCCGCCAAAGCUGCACCAGAAUCCUGCUCAUGCGACCACCUUCCUUCCCUCGGUAUGUCCUGCUUUCCAGCUGAACCCAAACUACAAGUGGGUUUAAAAAAUAAA